AUGGGGCGCAAGCCGAGCAACGUGUACGACUACUACAUCCGGCUGGAGCCCGAGAACGGCAAGGGCCUGGUGCGCUACCAGUGCAAGAAGUGCGACAAGCAGUAUGCCAGCAACGCCACGCGCCUUGCCGAGCACCUGCGCAUGGUGUGCGUGCCGGGCUUCGUGAACAACCAGGCCAAGCACCCGCGCAAGAAGUCCCGCCCCGCGUCCAUCAACAUGCCGGCUCGCCCGCCACAGACCAGCGCGCACAGCAACCCGGACGAGGACGAGGACGAGACGGAGGUAGCUGACGACUCGAUGGCCGCGACGGUGGCGUCCCUGGCCGUGCCCUACGCCGCGGAGCCGACGCCGGCGCUGGCGCUCAAGCGCGCGGACCAGCAGCUGCUCCGCAACAUGCUCGAGGCGGAGAACGACCCGCCCCCGGACUUGACGGAGGUGCUGCUGCGCCUGGCCAAGCUGUCCACGUGCGUCAUCGCCGACGCCAUGGCGGAGUUCAAGAUCCACGGCCACUUGGUGGACGUGAGCCUGGUCCGCGGCUACGACGCCCCCUUGGCCAUGAGCAUCUGCGGGCCCGCGCUCACGGUCAAGAUGAUGCCGACCACGGGCGCGGCGGUCGCCGGCGCGUCGUACGACUACAUGGACACGGCGGAAAUAGGCCAGGUCGUGGUGAUCAGCGCCCCCGCCGGCACCAGGAAGGCGAUGUUCGGAGGUCUGCUGGCGACGGCCUCCAAGACGAGAAACGUGGCGGGUGUCGUCACGGACGGCCGUGUGAGGGACGUGCAGGAGCUGUGCACCAUGAACUUCCCGGCCUUCGCGACCGGUACGUCGGUGCUGGGCAACACGGGGUCGACGACGAUCGCUGAGGUGAACACCCCCAUCCUCGUGGCAGGCUGCGUCGUGCGCCACAACGACGUCAUCCGCGGCGACGUGAACGGCGUGGUCGUGAUCCCAGCCGAGCGCGCCGAGGAGGUCGCCGCCCGUGCGGAGAUGGUCGAGGAGCGGGACAACAAGAUCAUCCAAGCCCUGCACGAAGGUGAGCCUCUGCAACGCUGCCUACAGCGCUUCAGCGCGUCGAGGGAGGUGUGACUACCGGUAUUAGCUUCGCGCACUCACAUCACAGCCCGUCCUGCAGCCAAGACAGACACUUCUUCCACCUCAUUCUCGCCUAACUUCAUCGGCUCACCUGCUUCUUCGGAGGUAUUUAACUAGUUAACCAGCAAAGCAACGACACUUUACCGUCCU